AUGGCUUCGUUAGUACAGCGUCGCAUGCUUUCAAAGGCGGAUGAGGAGGCAGCCGAUGAGGUCGAGGUUCGACGUGAGGACCAAGACAAGAUCAACCGUUUCAGCCGCCUACACCAGCGAGAACUUGUUCUAGGAGAGGAGCUGAGCGCUAAGAACAAAGAGAAGGAAGAGCUUGACGAUCUGUCGACAGAACUAGAACUCGCCGACGAGGACGAGAAGAUCCAAUACAAGAUCGGCGACGCCUUUUUCCACGUUUCGGUAGAGCAGGCCCAGGAGAUGCUCGAGAAAGCAACGGAAACGCUCGAGGAAGAAUCGACAUCUUUGGAAGAAAAGCUAUCAUUUAUUCGCGAGGAAAUGACCAAGCUCAAGGUCGAUUUAUAUGCCAGAUUCGGAAAGCAGAUCAACUUAGAAACUUGA